UGGGAAUCAUCGGCGGCGCACGCGGAAGCUACAAGUGGCGACGCGCUCGUAGCACUCGUAGCCGCGAUCGUAGCACCGUAGCUGUUCUACUCUGCAAGUUUUCUUUAGUCCCGUCUUUGAAUCCAAUCACAAUGAAAACAGCAAACGUACAGAACGCCAGCACAGUAGUUAUGAUGGGCACUGUCGCUUUGCUUUUCGUCACAGCCUUUGCUGCACCAGUGGAAUCCGACGAUGAGCAAUCGGAGAACGCGAUAGUAGCGCGUCCGGAAGAACUGGACCUGUCAGGAUCCUGGGACGCCGUGGACACCGCCGCACUACGCAAGUUGCUGCUACAGCUCGAUGCUGAAAACAGGAUGGGGCGAGUGAGCCGGUCGUGGCCGCAAGCAGAGCCCCGCGGCUGGGGCCUGCGCCCGCUGGACGGGCGGCUGGCGCGGCAGUGGCGCGCUGACAAGAGGCAGGUCCGCUUUCGCCAGUGCUACUUCAACCCCAUCUCCUGCUUCCGCAAGUGAGAGACCCGCCGACGACACGACCCGCUUCCAUAGUUGUGAAAUCACUAACGCUAGUCAAUUCUAGCUCUGUACAUUCAUGACUAUGGAAAUUCAUUUACUUAAUUUUAUUUCUCGCUAAUAUUUCCUCAAAGGGAAGAUAUAGUUUAGAUAUGAAAUGUAAAUAAAGUGUUAGAAACUUAUAGUUAUACUUAGAUUCUUGUGACUUCUUAUAUUGUUCUAGUCAAUAAACUAAGAAAAUUAUUUAAAUUAUUAUGAUAUUUUCUUGUCAUUCGUUUUUAUUAAUUUAAUAUGUAAUUAAUCAUAACAUUAUGUCUAUAUGCAUAGAAGGCGAUAUUCAAAAAUAAUCAAAUCUUAUUUGAGAAGAAGAAUAAUUUAUACACGCCAGAAGAUACAUAUUUACAAGUCCUUCUCUAAAUUCAACAGCUAUUAUUUAAAAAAUAUUAUUAUUAUGAAAUAUUUCUUCUUUAUUUAUUUGAAAUUCAUCUUCAACUUUAUCAUAUCGUAAUUUAUUUCAUGUUCAUUAUUCAAUAAUUCAAUAAUCAGUUCAUUAUUCAAAUAAAAUAUAUUUUAUUAAUUAAAGAAAAUGGAGAGUCAUAACUAUGUAUGUGUAGGUAAAUGUUGAAAUCUAUCUAAACUAGUCCAUGAAUUAAAAUGUUUGUGUA